AUGACGAACACCUCAUCGCCGAAGAAAUUGGUAUUCGAAUCCACACACAGAACUCUUCCGGAUCAUCUCAUCCAGGAAAACAUCCUAAUAAGACUUGAGGUGAAACCUUUAAUUCGCCUCAAAUCUGUUUCAAAAGGAUGGUUUUCCAUGAUAUCGAGUACUAAAUUCACAAAAGACCACUUCAAAUUGUGGUACCCCUCGAACGAUCGGACUCUCAUUGUCCAGGAUGAUCGUGACACUGUCAACGAAGAUAAGUACUAUUUAUCCCUUGAUGAAAACUACAAUCUGAAUGAGUUUGUUGAAUUGAGGAAUAAAUAUCCUGCGUUUAAAUUUAAUCCUCAAUCUACUUGUGUGGUGGGUUCUUGUAAUGGGCUAUUGUGCUUGUAUGAUGAAAACAUUAUGCGCAUGUACGUGUGGAACCCUGUAACUAACCAGGUCCGCAAUACAUAUGGUCCCGUCCUUUGUAAGUGGGAUAGUUAUGAAAUGAGGUGUGCCGGGUUUGGUUAUGUUUCGUCUAUUGAUGAUUAUAAGAUAGGGUGUUUGAUAUUUUAUAGGGAAACGUUAUUUAUUUUUGUGUAUUCUUUGAAGGCUGGGUUUUGGACCCAAAGGCCUAAAAGAAAUUGGUAUCGUGAACUGAUGUUAGAAUAUUUAAAUGAAACACCGGCGUUUGUUGGUGAUACUAUUUAUUGGUUUCCUGCUCGCAUAGAAAAUGAGAGAAACCAAAUAAUUGGAUUGGAUUUAGUUGAAGAGGAUAUGGUAAUCAUUCCAUUAGCAAUAAACUUCGCUGGUGAUUUUGCAAAUGUAAGAUUAUUUAGAACACAAGGGCGCUUGACAACUUGUGCCAUUAUUGAGGAUAAUGUUGGUAAGAAAUUUUGUCAUGUUCGCAGUUUGACGGAACAUCGUGAUAAGGGAGAUGCGAUGUCGUGGGCGAUUUCGGGGGAUAGUGAUUUAGCUAUGAGCUAUAUGGGAAAGAAUUUUGUUUAUUUAUUUGAUACAGGAAAGUUCUUGGUAAACAAGAUAUCACAUCAAUCUCAACAGCUUAUGCUACAUGAAUUUAGCAAGUUGAUCGAGGAAGCUUGUUUCGCUAUUUUUCAGGGGCCGUCUUUGGCUAUUCUGAGAGUCUCAUUUCACCUUUUUGACAUGGUUGAUUGA